GAAGCUAACGUUCGAUUACGUAUACGCAUACGCAAACGCAGAAAUGGAUUUAAGAUCAACAAUGACGCAUAAAGACGCAGAGAGGCUUAAAAAAGGUGAAGUUAAUUUGGGUACUUCUAUUAUGGCUGUAGCAUUUAACGGUGGUGUCGUAAUUGGUGCUGACUCGCGAACUACUAUGGGUUCCUACAUCGCUAAUAGAGUAACUGACAAAUUAACACACAUCCACGACCGUAUUUACUGCUGUAGAUCAGGUUCAGCUGCUGAUACUCAGGCAGUAGCAGACGUAGUAACUUACCAUCUUUCUAUGUUUGGUGUACAACAAGGCGAGAGACCAUCUGUACACACAGCAGCCGCAUUAUUCAACCAACUUUGCUACUCGAACAAGGACAGAUUGUCAGCUGGUAUCAUCGUCGCUGGAUACGACAAGGAGAAUGGCGGUAGUGUAUACAACAUCCCUCUCGGCGGUGGUAUGUUCAGACAACCAUGGGCUAUCGGUGGUAGUGGUUCUACCUACGUCUACGGUUACUGUGACGCGACCUACAAAGACAACAUGACAAAAGACGAGACAGUAACUUUCGUUAAGAACACGCUAGCACUCGCUAUGUCCAGAGACGGUAGCUCUGGUGGUACUAUCAGAAUGUGCGUCAUCACAGAAGACAAUGUAGAGAGGCUAUUCGUACCUGGAAACGAACUCCCACGCUUCUGGGAAGGUCAAGAAAUCAUCAACAAGCCAGCUCACCAGCUGGCGAUGGAAGCGCAAGGUGACGUUAUGAUUCAAUAAGCUGCUCUUGUAAAAUAUAUAUACUCUUCAUUCCUACGCUCA